AUGAGCGUGCGGAGUCCGUGGACCUGUUUUGGCACAGAAUGGAGGCUGAGCGUCUGCGGCGUCAGGAGGAGAUGGCAGCGCAGAGCGGAUAGCCAGGCCCAGCGUGCACCUCCGACAGCUCAAGGCUUGACGGUUCAAGACGCUGACGGUGCUUCAAGUACAAGCGGUGAAGGCUCAAGUGCUACCGAUGAAGGCCAAGACGCACCAGAAUGCACGGCAGCCGCUCGCUGCACUAACCCUUGUGUCGUUCUCGAUAGUGGCCGCGUGCUCAAGACCUGCCAGCUUCAUCGAGACCUCGACAGUGCCCGACGGGAGAGUUACGACUCGACUCGACACCCCGCGCUCUGCCGACGAUGCCGCAAUCCGCGCGCACAAGUCCAUGGACGGCUGAUCACUCUUUGUGAAUAUCAUCGCGAGGAGGAACGUGAACGAUGUCACCGGCUCAACGCACUGACGGAGCACACUCGCGCGGGCACGCUGGUCUCCUUGAUUGACGACGAGGUGCGGAUCAAGUUAAAGGAGACGCAGGACUUGGUCCGAGAGGGGAUGGCCUCCCAAGAAGCGUACGACGGAGCGGCCCUGGUCCGGUCCCAGGUUCUGGACGAUCGAGUCCGCAUAUUGGAGCGGCAGUGCGGCGAGCAGCAGCAGAAAAUGAAGAAGCUGGACGAGCGCACACAAAUAUGCAUUUAUAUCUAA